AUGCAAUCAACAACUUUACGACCUAUUUUGCGUAUUACUACGAAUUCAACCCUUCUUCGAUCUCUAUCUACCACUCCUAAAAUUAUGGGUGCAGGUGAUCUGGGUUCGACAAAGUCGGGCUUCAUGGCCGAGAAGGACUCUUUCGCCAAACGUGAGGCUGCACAUGAAGCCAUGUAUAUUCGAGAGCAAGAAAAGCAAAAGCUUGAGCGUCUUAAGGCAAAGCUUAAGGAACAGCGCAAGCAUAUGAAUGAACUUGACAAACAUCUGUAA